CCUUUCACCUUCCUCUCUCUCUGUCUCUCUCACCAGUCACCAGCCAGCCUGAGAGCCUCCCUUUAUAUAUUUCCACUCCUUUUCCGCUACACUUCCUACUACCCUUAUCGAAUUCCAUACUCUACCCAGUUUUCCAUGGCUGUAGUUCGAGACCGACGCCAUCUCAACCUUCGUCUCCCCCUUUCCGAGCUCUCAGACCACCGCCCACGUUUCCCUUUACCCUUUCCUCCUAAUACCACGACCACCUCCGCCACCACGACCUUCUCUGCUGCCAUCUCUUCCUGUGACCUCGAGAAGCUUCAAGUCCUAGGCCAUGGCAACGGUGGCACCGUCUACAAGGUCCGCCACAAGCGUACCGACGACGUUUACGCUCUCAAGGUCGUUCACGGAGACUCCGACCCCACCCUCCGCCGUCAGGUUUUCCGUGAGAUGGAGAUCCUCCGCCGUACUGACUCCCCUCAUGUCGUUCGCUGCCACGGGAUAUUCGAGAAGCCGUCCGGUGACAUCGCGAUUCUCAUGGAGUAUAUGAAUUUGGGCACUCUCGACUCGCUGCUCAAGAGUUCCCAUGGUACUUUCUCCGAGCCCAAGCUUGCCGACGUUGCUCGCCAGGUUCUGAACGGUCUGAACUACCUCCACGGGCACAAGAUCAUCCACCGAGACCUUAAACCCUCCAACCUCUUGGUGAACGACAAGAUGGAGGUGAAGAUCGCCGAUUUCGGAGUCAGCAAGAUCAUGUGCCGGACGCUGGACGCGUGCAAUUCAUACGUCGGUACCUGCGCCUACAUGAGCCCCGAACGGUUCGACCCAGACACCUACGGCGGGAAUUACAACGGUUACGCCGGCGACAUAUGGAGCUUGGGGCUGACCUUGUUGGAGUUGUACUUGGGCCAUUUUCCGUUCCUGCCGCCUGGUCAGAGACCGGACUGGGCGACCCUGAUGUGCGCGAUCUGUUUCGGCGAGCCACCGAGCUUGCCGGAGAGCGCGUCGGAGGUGUUCCGUAGCUUUAUCCAGCGUUGCUUGCAGAAGGAGUCCGGGCAGAGGUGGACGGUGGCACAACUUUUGACCCACCCGUUUAUACGUACUACAGAUCCGAGAUGACCUUUGUUGGUUUUUGUAGAUUGGGGCGGAGUGGAUUUGAAUAGCCAGCUAUUUUCAUAAUUUUCUCUGUACAUUCUUCGUACUUGUAACUCCCAAAGAUUGCCUCUUUGGCUUUCAGCACUUAAAACAAAAAAAACAAUUGUUUUGCAGAA